AUGUCUAAAUUGAAAGGGGUGGAUGGGAGCUGGGUCUCUAAGGGUGCUAUGAAUGCAGUUAUUAUUGAUUAUUUUGCUGAUAUUUUUAAAUCAUCAAAUGCCCCGUCCCAUAGUGAUUUCUUUGACACGAUACUCCCCCGUGUGUCUGAAUUGCAAAAUGAGUCUUUGUUAAAACCCUUUGUGGCUGAGGAGGUGAAGGAGGCUUUAUUUGCUAUGUUCCCGGAUAAGGCACCUGGGCCGAAUGGGAUGAACCCGGGUUUCUAUCAGCACUUUUGGGGUGUUGUGGGGCCUGAAGUGAUAAUGUUUGUGCUUAAUUGUCUUAAUUCGGGUGUGUUCCCGGAAGGGUUAAAUGAUUCUAAUGUUGUUUUAAUCCCGAAGAAGAAGGUCUCUGAGUAUCCUGCGGAUUUGAGACCAAUUGCUUUAAGUAAUGUGGUCUAUAAAAUUAUGGCCAAGAUGAUUGCAAAUAGAAUGAAGCCUUUUAUGGAUACUAUUGUUUCAGAAUCUCAAAGUACUUUCAUUCCAGACAGGUUGAUAACUGAUAAUAUCUUAAUUGCUGCUGAGGUAGGACAUUUCCUAAAUAGAAAGCAGUGUGGAAAAGUUGGUUGGGGGGCCCUAAAGCUGGAUAUGGCGAGAGCAUAUGAUAAAAUGGAAUGGGUCUUUUUGAAGCAAAUGAUGAAAGCCCUAGGUUUUGCGGAACAAUGGGUAAAUUUGAUUAUGAUGUGUGUUACUACUGUUUCAUAUAACAUUCUUAUUAAUGGUACAGUUGGGGGGGUGGUGGUGCCUACAAGGGGCCUAAGACAGGGAGAUCCUCUCUCUCCUUAUCUUUUUAUCAUUUGCGCAGAGGGACUGUCUUUAAUAUUGCAGCAGGCACAGUCUUUGGGUGUUAUCCAUGGAUGUAGAGUAGCACGGGGAGCUCCGCCUGUUUCUCACUUAUUUUUUGCAGAUGAUAGUCUCUUAUUCUUUAAGGCGAAUGUGCAGGAGGUGAGUGCAGUGAAACAAUGUUUGGAGCAUUAUGAGAAACUGUCUGGUCAGUCUAUUAAUUAUCAUAAAUCCAGUAUUUGUUUCAGUAAAAAUACAGGGGAGGAUGUAAGGGAGGAGAGGACUAUGAAUAGGUACUAUUGGAAUAAGGGUGGUGCAGGUGGAAUACAUUGGAUGGCAUGGGAUCGCCUCAGUAAGCCAAAAACAGCUGGGGGAUUGGGCUUUAAGGAUCUAAAAGCAUUUAAUCUUGCAAUGUUGGGAAAUAACCCUAGCUAUUGUUGGAGGAGUAUAAUGGCUGCCCAUGGCCUAGUAUGUGGUGGGAUAAGGAGGAGGAUUGGGAAUGGUGAGGCAACAAUGAUUGGUAAGGAUCCUUGGCUUCUGGAUUUGAAUUAUAAGAUUCAUACUAAUUUACCACCUAAUAUUUAUGAGUCAAAAGUGUCAGGUUUGAUGGAUCAUGAUACUCGUUCAUGGGAUCUGGACAUCUUAAAUGAUAUUUUUGACCCGCAGGAUGUGAACCGUAUUCGUAGGGUGCCUGUCUGCCCGGAUUAUGAGGACUCAUGGUGGAAAACGUUCCUGUGGAGAGCGUUGAGUGGUGUCUUGCCAACCUCAACAGCCCUAGCUAAUAGGAGAGUUGAUGUGAAUCUUGCCUGUCCUAUGUGUCUUGAUUUUAAUGAGGAUGUUAUGCACUGGUUAAUAGAAUGUCAAUACGCUUGCCAUGUGUGGAAUGAAUCUUGCCUUAUUAUUACCUCUGUGCAUGGCGGAUCAUUUGUUGAGUGGUUUCAGAAUGCAAUGACUAUGCUAACCAUGGAUGUUCUUAUUCAAGUUGUUGCAGUCCUAUAUCAUUUAUGGAAUGCACGAAACUCAGCAAUAUGGGAGGUGUGUAUGUGGACGCCGAAGCGUCUGUGGCCUUGCGCCAAAGCAGCCCUCUCGGCUUGGAGGACUUCUCGGCCACUGGCGGUAACGGGGCAGCAGCAUCAUCAUAUAGCAGCGCCAAGUGGCCUGCAAUGCCACGUAGAUGCGGCAUGGAACCCAGCGACAUGGAGUGCGGCUUUUGGUGUGGUUCUAUUGGACGACCAGGGAGUCUUUGUAGCAGCUAUGAAUGGUCGUUUACCGUUAUGUGAGAAUGCUAUCACGGCUGAAGCACUAGCUUGUAAAGAGGCUUUAUCUUGGCUAAGGGAUCUGCAGGUAUUAACGGUAACUCUAUCCACAGAUUGUUCGGUCUUGCAAUCCUAUCUAUCCAGAGUUGAUUCGCAGCCUAGAUCGUAUGUUGGUAUUAUUGUUCGCGAAUGUCAAGUCACUAUGGCUCAGUUUAUUACAUGUCAUUUACGUGUUAUUCCUAGACGUUUAAAUGUUAUUGCUCAUACUCUAGCAUCAAAGGUCUCUGACCAGGAUAUUACUAUGUUCUGGGAUGAUGUCCCUCCUGACUUUAUUGUUACGCAUCUUCAGUAA